AUGAAUAAUGUGAGGUUCAGCUCCGUUGACAACUCAACCGUGAGCCAUAUAAGGUCCCUGAACAGUAAGACCUUCCACAUCACUGUCCUGGGCUGCAACAACUUCAUCUUCCAAAACAUCUACGUCAUCGCGCCGGGGACGAGCUUUAACACCGACGGCAUCCACAUGGCCCAGAGCUACAACGUUUCCGUCCUCGAUUCCACCAUCAUGACCGGCGAUGACUGCAUUUCCGUGGGUGACGGCACCCGUAAUGUCACAGUUGAGCGACAUCGGCAGCCUCGGCAGGCCCAAAAUGAGCAACCCGUCGUCGGAUUCACCGUCAAGAAUUGCACCUUCACCGGAACGCUAAACGGCGUCCGAAUCAAAACCUGGCCGACACCCAAGACCGGCGUCGUCACCGAUAUCCACUAUGAAGAUCUUAUUCUGAAUGACGUUUCGAAUCCAAUUAUCAUUGAUCAGGAGUACUGCCCUCUCAACUUAUGCGACCGUUCGACUCCUUCCAGAAUUAAGAUAAGCAAUGUGAAGAUCAAGAACGUCACAGGAACUUCCGCGACUCAGGUUGCUGUGAAGAUCUCAUGUAGCAAAGCCUCCCCCUGCGAAGACGUGGAGAUUGGGGACAUUAACCUCACCUACUCGGGCCCCGGAGGUCGCGCCACCAGCGAGUGCGCCAAUGUCCAGCCAAAAUUUUCGGGCAAGCAGAAUCCACCAGUGUGCGCCGCUCGCGCCGUGUCUUCUUAA